AUGUCCCGCCAUCCCUCCGACGGUGACCCCAAUCGCCAGGGACACUAUCCUCCUCCCCAAUGGUCAGGGCGGCCCGACGACCAGCAAUAUCAGUAUCCCCCUGGGUCCUAUCCACCUCCACCUGAGCACGAUCGUUCCUACUAUCCUCCGCCGGCGCAAUAUCCUCCUCCUUCCAAUAUGACUGCCAUUCACCCCGGUCCGUCGCCGGACUAUCGGCUGCCGCCUCCUCCCGGAGCCUAUCGUCCCGACCCGUAUCAGCCGCAACCCCCACAGCCGCCGCAGAUGGUCUACCAGGCGGCCGCGCCGCGCCAGCGAACAGCCAUUGCGUGCCGGUACUGUCGCCGACGCAAGAUCCGUUGCUCGGGAUUUGAGAGCUCGACCGAUGGGCGCUGCCACAAUUGUCAACGAUUCAACCAGGAAUGCAUGUUCACACCCGUCUCUUCCCAAGCACAAGCCUUCGUCCCGGCCCACGCCGCCUAUCCUCAACUACGCAAUGGCCAGGGAGGUCCUCCUCCCGGCACCACCUUCUACGGCGCUCAUGGCCAGCCGCUGCCCCCCAGCCAGGCGGUGCAACCCCCCGAGACGACUCUACCGCCACCUCAAGGGAUGUAUCAGAACCCGUACGGCCGCCCCGGCGCGGACGGCCCCCCACUGCCCCUUGCGCAAUCGAUGCCGGAUCCGCGACAGCGCCGUGGUUCUGGGACCGGCUUCGAUUACCCUGAGCCCGCAAAUCUGGCCCCCGUUACACCCGCCAGCUCUACCCCCGGAUACCAGACGCACACCGCCCCGAGCCCCUACUAUGGUCAUCCGAUCGACCAACGUACCUCGCCGCAAGCUGGAUAUCCCUAUGAUUCCCGCCAUUCCACCUCCCCUCAUGGCUCGCCAUAUGCCCCUAUGCAGGCCCCGGCGGGCGGCCGCACCCCUCCACCACCCACCUCUACCCCCGGUGGCUCUCAGCGCGGAGGCUUGAAUGUACGGGAUAUGUUGAACCCUGGCCAGGAUGGUGACUCCCAGGGUCGUUCCAGCACCGACAGCGACAUGCUGAACCAGCUGAACCGCCGUGGUCCUCGGUAA